AUGGAGUAUGUCAUAACUGGCCAUGUCACUGGAGCCAACAAAGGCAUUGGUUACGGUAUAGUGAAAGGCUUAGCGGAGCAAAUUCACAACGGUAUUAUCUACUUGACAGGUAAUUUUUUACGAAUUUCACAACGUGCUAACAUUUAUAAGAACUGUAAGUCAGAUUUAUUGCCGUCUUUGAUUGUAGCCCGUAAUGUUUCGCUUGGUGAAGCUGCGUUGAAAAAGGUUCUUGAGGAGCUAGGACAAAAACGGCAGUCUGAAGUCAAAUUCCAUCAAUUGGAUAUCACUGAUAAGUCUUCAAUUCAGAAGUUAGCUGAUUAUCUGAAUAAGGAGCACGAUGGGCUGGAUGUGCUGGUGAAUAAUGCUGGUUUUGCCUUCAAGCAUGCUGCUACUGAACCAGCUGAAGAGCAAGCUCGAGUUACUAUUGGUGUGAACUACGAAGGGACGAAGCAAGUAUGCGACAUUCUUUUCCCGCUUAUAAGAACCGGUGGCAGUAAUUUUGUUAUUGUCGACAGAGUAGUGAACGUCGCCAGCCAAAUGGGUUUACUUCUACAUGGUCGUUACAGCGAGGAAAUUAUAACAAAAAUGUCAAACCCUUCCAUUACUGUUGCAGAAAUUGAGCAAUUUUGCAAAGAUUAUAUAAAAGCUUGUGUUGACAACAAACGAAAAGAACGUGGUUACCCAGAAUCUGCAUACUGUGUCUCAAAAACGGCUGUAUCAGUGCUGACGUUUAUUCAAGCACGCGAGUUAAAGUCGAGGAAUAUUGUUGUUAAUGCAUGCUGCCCUGGUUACGUAAAUACGGAUAUGACUAGUCAUAAAGGGUCGUUGACAAUUGAGGAGGGAGCAGACACGCCGAUCUACCUUGCCACAUUGGAGAAGGAUGAGCCCUGUGGACAGUUUGUUUACCUCAGGAGGCCAAUAGAUUUUGUUGCCAAAAAAUCCAUUUUCUAG